CUCCAAGAUCCUGACACCAGCCCACAGCUACUCCGUCUAGAUCUGACAGAUGAUCUCAGACGUGUGUAUGCAUCAAACUCUAAAUGGAACCAUUGCAGCAAUUAGCGCCACGAGGAACAAGACAUAUAUUACUACUUCUCAAAAGCCCAUGGAAUUGACAGAACAAACAAGACAAACACCACACUCACCGCCCUUGAACGGGCGGCAGAACACAUCGACGACUGGUCGUCUCCGCCUUUUUUUGCCAGAAAAUUUUAGAGAUCCACGGCCGAGCAGAACGAUAGUCAACCAUUAUCCCAAGACAACCUAUCGCAACCAUGUUCGCUGUACCGGGUUGGUCGCUCGAGAACUCUGCUCUCAAGCAGCAGAGUGAGCCUGCUCCCGAGAAGACAAAUGACAAAUCAUCCAAGCCGAAUCCCAAAGACCGAAAGCGCAAGCGGGAGGAUAAUGUCACCAAGGGAAAUGUGGACGCCAUGUUCCGCCGGCACAUCGAGGGGGAGAAGAUCACCCCCUGGGCCAGGAAGAAGGCUGAAAAGGAGGCUAUGAUGAAGGGCGAGAAGAAGCAGGAUCAGGCCAAGCCCGCGACCGUCGCAGCGGACGCACCGCGACCAACCGACGCCACCACCGCCGAUGCCGCCGAGGAGGGCGAGAAGCCCAAGAGCAAGAGACAAAGGAAGAACAAGAACAAGAACAAGAACACGGAGGAGAAGCAAGAUCAACCGCAGGGUGAUGGCACCAAGGACUCUGCCACUACCACCGACGCGAUGCCCGUGGCGCCGCCGGAGACGAAAGCCAUCCUGACCCCUCUGCAGCAGGCCAUGCGACAGAAGCUCAUCUCAUCCCGAUUCCGCCAUCUUAACGAGACCCUUUACACCACGCCCUCGAGCAAGGCCUUUGAGCUUUUCACCUCGAACCCCGAACUGUUCGACGAGUACCACGCCGGCUUUGCGCGCCAGGUCAAGGAGUCCUGGCCCUCGAACCCCGUGGACGGCUACAUCAAGGCUAUGCGCGCCCGCGGCAGCGCACAUGCGCCCAGGAGGGGCAAACCGGAUAACAACAAGGGACGGCCCUCAGUUGCUCCGCUUCCCCGACGACCGAACGGCCUGUGUACCGUGGCCGACCUGGGCUGCGGUGAUGCGCAGCUCGCGCGCGCGCUGCUGCCGUCCUCCAAGAAGCUGAACCUCAAACUUCUCAGCUACGAUCUGCACGCCCCGAAGGACUCCCCGAUCACCAAGGCCGACAUCGCCAAUCUGCCCCUGGAGGACGGAUCCGUGGACGUGGCGGUCUUCUGUCUCAGUCUGAUGGGCACCAACUGGGUGUCGUUCGUGGAGGAGGCGUGGCGGGUGCUCCGCAGCGACGGCAAGGGCGAAUGCUGGGUAAGCGAGGUGAAAAGCCGAUUCGGCAAGGUCACCCGCAAGAAGGCGCAGAUCGGCGCCAAGAAGCCGCUCAGCAAGGCGGAGCAGAAGAAGCUCAAGAAGAAGCAGUCGGCGGAUAACGCGGACUCGGAUCUCUCCGACAACGAGAUCUACGCGGAGGACGCUCGCCCCGCCAACACCGAUGAUGAGACGGACAUCUCGGCCUUCGUGGAGGUCUUCCGGACGCGAGGCUUUAUCCUCAAGCAGGAGACUCUCGAUAAGUCGAACAAGAUGUUUGUGAAGAUGGAGUUUGUGAAGGCCGGUGGCGCGCCCACCAAGGGCAAACAUGCCGGUUCCGCCGCCCCCAGCGCUGGUGCCGGCGGCCCGGGCAAAAAGCGGUUCAUCGACCGAUCGUCCGACAAGGGCAUGUCUGCUGCCGAAGAAGCAGCUGUUCUUAAGCCAUGCGUCUACAAGAUCCGGUAGUCCUGGCAUAAGGUGCUUGAAUAGUGUAUAAGAAAAAGUACUUGAGUUUAAUCAUGAUGAAGCGAGUCGUUACUGUAAUAUA